AUGGCUGCCUCUACCGGAUCCACCAAGGUCGACGCUGUCGUCCAGAACAUCAAGGCUGAGACUCCUGAGAAGAAGUCUGGCCUUGCCCUCUACUCCCGAUUCGCCCUUGCCGGUGCUGUCUGCUGUUCCGUCACCCACGGUGGUCUCACCCCCGUCGAUGUCGUCAAGACCCGUAUCCAGCUCGACCCCGCUACCUACAACCGCGGUCUCAUCGGUGGUUUCCGCCAGGUCGUCAAGAAUGAGGGUGCUGGUGCUCUCCUCACUGGUGUCGGCCCUACCUUUGCCGGUUACUUCCUCCAGGGUGCUCUGAAGUUCGGUGGUUACGAGUUCUUCAAGCAGCAGUGGAUUGACACUCUCGGCUACGAGACUGCUUCCAAGAACCGAACUGCUGUCUACCUGGCCUCUUCCGCCACUGCUGAGUUCUUCGCCGAUAUCGCUCUCUGCCCUCUUGAGGCUACCCGUAUCCGUCUCGUCUCUGAGCCCACCUACGCCAGCGGUCUCGUCUCUGGCUUCGGCAAGAUUGUCAAGAACGAGGGUGUCGGUGCUCUCUACGCCGGUUUCGGACCCAUUCUCUUCAAGCAGAUCCCUUACACCAUGGCCAAGUUCGUCGUCUUCGAGAAGGUCUCUGAGUCUGUCUUCCGCACUUUCCCCAAGAAGGACCUCUCCGACGGUAUGCAGACUGUUGCCAACCUUGGCUCCGGUCUGAUUGCCGGUUUCGCCGCUGCCAUCGUCUCUCAGCCCGCCGACACCAUGCUCUCCAAGAUCAACAAGACCAAGGGUCUCCCCGGUGAGGGCACUGUCUCUCGUCUCGUCAAGAUCGGUAAGGAGCUCGGUAUCCGUGGCUCUUACUCUGGUAUCGGUGCCCGUCUCUUCAUGGUCGGUACUCUCACUGCAGGCCAAUUUGCCAUUUAUGGCGACUUGAAGAAAGCUAUGGGUGCUACUGGUGGUGUUGAGAUCGCUGCUUAA